AUGGGUCGAAACAACUCCAAGAAGAGUGCGCGUGCUGCGCGAGCGACGAAUGAGUUCUUUGCCUUGUCUCCUCCUGUUGCCGCUCCUGUUGCCUCUGGCGCUGCUGCGUCCUCCUCGUCCGCUCCUGUCCCUCCUUCCGGCGCUCAAAAUGAGCAAAAUCACCCUGUCUACACCUUGCUCGCCACGGGCACCCUAGAGGGCGACAUUGAGGCCUAUGAAUGCCUUUUGAACCUUGGAGAGGCGCUCCGUGGCGACUACCUGGCCAACAAGGCCUACUUUCGUGAGGAGUUGAUCUCCAUGUUCAUCGGUGCCUAUGCGCACGUCAACAUGGUCCACGGAACCACCGUCUGGACUGUCGACACGGGCAUCAUCAGCCUUGUCGCGGACAAGAUCCAAGAGGGCGCCCUGAUUGGCUUGUUCACCAAUGGCAGUGAGCAGACGGGCCUUCUGCCUCGCGACAUCGUCAUCACCGCACCUGACCAGAUUGACGAAUACGAUACCGUCAGUCUCAUUGUCGACCUUCUCCUCGAGCGCGUUGACCAGGACGACCCAGCUGCGUCGAGAGAUUUGAGCACACACAGAGAAAACGAGGCGUACUUGCCCAUCUUUGCUCUCGCUCUCAUCAACAUCUCUGCCACUGCUCGAGCCUUCUACUUGACUGAUCUCCCCCACAGCCAUCUCUGGGACGUUCUCUGCCGCUUCAGAUCUGGAAGCAUGGACGUCCGAGGCAAUCUCGUCAUCUCCGGUGCUGCGGUUUUGACUCGUCAGGAAUUGGACUCCAUGUUAAGAGCUCUGCGCGACAAUCCUCCUCGUCCUUACGUUCCUGCUACCGACGGAAUCAUGGGUUCGGCUUUGACGAGAUCUUCGGCUCCGGCUCCAGCUAUUCCGGUGACUAGACCUGGGACUCCGCGUCCAGCUUCAGCUGCGACGAGACCUUUGGCUCCGGUUCCAGUCACAGCUGCGACUUCGGCGUCGACCAAGACUACGACCAAGGCGACGACUGCCACUGCUGCUCCUCCUCCUGCGAAGAAAGCAGAGCCGGCCAGCAAGACCAAGAAGGCCGCUGAUUCUCAGACUGAGAUCCCCCUCAUCGACGCACCCGACAACGGAAAUGGCCCUCCUGCUGGUUCAGCCGCCAUGGCUCGCCUGGCCGAACACCUCCAAGCCCUCGUAAACACCGACUAUCCGAGCGCCAAUGCACGUCGCGAGGCUUUUGAACGUGCUCUGGCCGAUAUCCGAAACUCCCAGACCUUGCAGGCUGCGAGGGAACAUCAGGGCAUCCAGAAGCCGACUUCUGAGUCUGAUGCGAAGAAGAAGGACGCGACCUCUGGAGCUGCACAGGCUUCUACAUCUGCUGCUACUCCUGCUUCUACUCCUGCUUCUACUUCUGCACCUGCUCCUACUCGUCCUCGUACCCGUCGUCGUCGUCCAUCCGUCCACCAUCUCGAAUGGGACAGCGUGCGUCGCCCUGCUCAUUGGAACGGUCAAUUCGAGAUCGGAACCAUGCCGGGCUGGGCGGGUGAAUUGGAACAAAUGCAGAUCGAGGGAUUGAGAAAGAAGCAGGAUAAACAAGAUGAUACCGGUGUUGGUGGUGGAGAGAGCAGCAACAAGAUUGACAAGGGCAAGGGAAAUGGCAAGACCAUUGACAAGAAUGUUGGAGCUGGAUCUGGACCCGGCAAGAAGGACAAGGCCAGCAAGAAUGUUGGUGUUGGUGCUGGAGCCGACAAGAAAGCCGAAGCCAGCAAGGCCAACAAGGCCAAUGGAAAGGGCAAGGCUAGGGUUGUCGAGAGAGAGACUGACGAUCUCUAUGGCGAUGGAUCCGAGGCUGAAGAUGGAGGUCAAGCUCAAGCUAACGGUCAAGCCAAAGGUCAAGCUCAAGCUGAAGCUCAAGCCCAAGCCAGCAAAUCAAAUGACAAGGGCAAAGGCAAAGAGAGAGCUGUCGAGAGAGAGACCAACGACCUCUACGGCGAUGGAUCUGAGGGUGAAGAUGAAGCUGGACCUGCAACCAAAGGUCAAGCCGAACCGAGCAACCCUGCAACCGACAUCAUCAAACGCGCCAAAGAAACCUUUGCUCAAUUCGAUAACAGCCUCAAGAAAUUCGAAGCCAACCUGGAAGAACAUGCCAGAUGGUUAGCCGAAUUCAGAGCCAUACACCUCGCCACGGUCGAAGACGAAGCGGACAAGGACGACUCAGCUGCAGGUGAAGAUGACAAUGCUGCUGGUCCAACCGGCGGCGAGUCUUCCACAGCUGCUGGACAAACUGAAGCUUCAGCCAACAACCAGAAGGCUCGCAAGAACAAGAAGAAGGGCAGGAAGGGCAAAGGCAAGAAGUGA